ACCCCUCCUCGGUCCCCUUGCAAGACUCAACACAACGAAACAAGACGUUGUUUGGCUGCUCCCGGUUCUCGAAUCGUCUUCUUUCCCACCGAAACUCGAAACCUUUUUCUCGAACUGGCUAACUCUCAGGCAAGUCCUUCGGACGCUGAUUCCAGCAACAAGCAGCUGGUGCUAGCACUGUAUGACGCCCUAAGCUCCGGCGACUCCGCCGCCGUCGCCGAGAUCCUCGCUGCCGACCUCGAGUGGUGGUUCCAUGGUCCUCCGCCACACCAGUUUUUGAUGCGCAUGCUCACCGGCGAUUCCACCGCCGAAACCUUCCGAUUCGUUCCGCAAUCCAUCGCCGCCUUCGGCUCCACCGUCCUCGUCGAGGGCUGCGACACCACCCGCAACAUUGCCUGGGUUCACGCCUGGACUGUCGCGGAUGGGAUAAUUACUCAGGUGAGAGAGUACUUUAACACUGCCCUCACCGUCACCCGCUUCGAAGCUUCCGGCGAGAUUGUUCCCGCAAGCUCCGGCACCGGCCGCUUUCCUUGCGUGUGGGAGAGCAGCGUAUCGGGUCGGGUCGGGAAAUCCGUGCCCGGUUUGGUUCUUGCAAUAUAAACAACAAUAAUAAAAUAUAUAAAUAACUAAAACGCGGUCACGUGUUGCCGUUAGUGGAAUAAUUAAAUAAAGGGGUUGUGCACGUGGCGGUGACUGGGUCACUCGGUUUCAGGGAACACUGAUAAUUGCUAUUGGAGUUUUUCGGAGAUUCGGGAGAUGUGAGACCCUUGCUCUUGUUGUUUGUGUGGUUCUUUCAGUUUCGUUCAUUCUGUGUUUUGGGUACCAAUAUGGGUUUACCCAGCUGCCUGGAUUUUCCUUCUUGUGCAAUGUGGUGGUUUGAUGAUGAUGCAAUAAGAAUUUCUGUGGUUUGUGAUUUUAA